CACGACAAACCAAAAUAUUAGCACCUAGCAACGAACCAAAGUCUGAAGUCGUGCAUACAGUGCAUACAAGGCAUACAAGCUGACGGGUGCAUUCAACUUGGCCAAAAGAUGGAAUGCCUCGAUCCUCAUCAACGGCCUCCAGACAGCAUCAAGGAUGUCUACAAGAAGUACCAGAGGAUGAAGCUGCAGGAUCUGGACCAGGAUCCCGACAUUGUAGACCUGCCCAAGAGCUUGCAUACGUCAGCCAAGGACAAAGUUCGCAUAGUCGAAGAGUGGAGCGGCGACGACUUGACCGCUGCUUUUCGGGCAUUUAGCGGUCAAGAUGGACAGACAUACGCCGCCUUGCCUUCAAGGAUACCGGUGUAUGAACAUGCAAACUUGCCAGGCCUCCACGUCGUUCCAAACCUCCUCCCUCCCGAAAUCCAAUCCAUCCUACUAUCCCGCCUCCUCCACCGCGACCUCUCCAACCCAGCGCACCUCACAAACAUCCACACACACUACAAUCUCUCCUACCAACCCUCCAACCCCUCCUUCUUCACCCGCCCCCCAACCAGCAGCACCCCCAUCGCGCACCCCCUCGACCCCGCAAUCCACAAGCCCCUCACCGUACCCCAACUCCUCAACAAGAAGAUGCGCUGGACAACGCUCGGCGGACAAUACGAUUGGACCUCGAAACGCUAUCCAUCGACCCCACCGCCUCCCUUCCCGUCCGACAUCAGGGACCUUCUCGAGUCAAUAUGGAAAUCCACGAAAGCAGAAGCGGCGAUCGUCAAUCUCUACUCGCCGGGAGAUACGCUGAGUGUGCACCGUGAUGUUGCUGAGAUGAGUGGGACGGGACUGGUGAGUGUGAGUUUGGGGUGCGAUGCUGUGUUUGUCAUUGGAACAUCUCCCUCGCCUUCUGCAUCGGAGGAAGAAGGGGAGCGGGGAGAGAAGAUUGUCACGCUGCGGCUGCGGAGUGGGAGUGCGGUGUACAUGUCCGGACCGAGCAGGUUUGCGUGGCACGGUGUGCCGCAGAUUGUGAGGGGGACGUGUCCGGAGCAUUUGGCGGAUUGGCCGGCGGGGCUGGAUGGUGGGGAUGGGAAUGGAUCUCGAGAGGGGAAGGGGGAAUUCGAGGCGUGGAGGGGCUGGAUGGGAGGGAAGAGGGUGAAUCUGAAUGUUAGGCAGAUGUGGGAUUGAAUGAUGAGGAUUGUCGGUCAAUGAUGAGGAAUCAAUAAGCUCG